UAAACAAACGUACCUACAGAAAGAAAUAUCAAACAAUACGGUCACGCAAACGUAAAAGCGGGACGCGAGGUCUCGGUGAGGCUACAUAAUUGUAUUUGUGAUUUUCAAACUUUUGCAUUCGCAUUCGCAUUUUUAAUUACGACCAUGGGUGGUUGUCGGUGUACGUUUCGUGACUGUGAAAAUGGCACGGCGUCACGGAAGGAGCUGCACUACUUUCGGUAUCCCGUGCGCGAUCAAGAACGAUUGAUAGAAUGGGCGAAAAACGCGGACCGGCUCGAAUUUGUAGACCUUCCGGUGGACAAGGUGUCCAACAAGGUGGUCUGCCAGGAGCACUUUGAGCGUAAAAUGUUCAUGAACGAUCUGCGCGAUCGGCUCACGAAAAUGGCGAUACCCCGGUUAAUGUUGAUGCCGGACGAAACCAUCGUGAACGUAGAAACGGGAUCCAUCUACAUCGAAGGCGAAUGCAGCAGUUCGGUGCAAGACAAGACGGUUGAAUCAGUACAAACGUACUCACCGCAUCCAGCAAUGAAGAUCCGUCACAUCGAGCACCAACAGCCAGUGCGAAGAGCGUCGGAUGAGACGCCGGUUAAAAAAAUAAAAAUACUAAACAUACAAAACCCAUCGCAUCACCAGAACAUUACUCCUUGCGAGAUCAUACGGAUUAAAACCGUGUCCACACCUAAUGGCCCAGCACGUGUGGGGAGACUGUUGAACAAGAAAGUGUUUUCCCUACCCAGUACAUCAGGGCCGCGUACAGUGAAUGCAAAGCUUAUCAGCGAAGAGAAUGAUGAAUCGGUAGUAUCCGACGGGAAUCUGAACGUUGAUCCGAUCCUUGUGGAGGACAGUGUACAAUUUUCUGACUCAACAUCAUCAGCAUCAACGUCAUCGGCGAACAAUCAGCAGCAUGAUGCACCGAACUCCACCGUUGGGAAUACUGUUCAAUCGCCGCCAGAACCGGUCACCGUGCCCGUCAUCGAUCCUGCACUAUUGGAAAAGAUGGACCAGAGCGUCCGCGAGAUAGAGAAACUCCAGAAGCUUGUGCAGGAACUGGCCAAUCGUCCGGUACCAGAUGUUCAACCAGCUGCAAUGCCGGAACGAGUGGUGAUGGAGCGAGGACCGCAGCUAACAAAGGCACAGCUUUUCAACAGCAUUAAACGGUACCUCAACCCGUCGAUGGUAACGCUGCUUCGUAUGGAACUGUUUGCGGGGUCGGCCGAUCGCCAGUGGAAGCCAGACGAGAAGAGUCUCGCCGUGGACAUGCUCAGUUUGGGCGAGGAGGUGUACGAUUACUUCAAGGAAGAGUUUCGCUUCCGAUUACCAUCGAAAAGCGAUGCCAAACAGUGGAAGGAGACAGGUGACAUCGAUGUCGACGAUGCAUGCUAGUUGCGAACGAGCUAUUUUUUUUAAAUAUUUUUUUAUUGAAAUGACAAUAUACUGGAUUGAUUUAAACCAUCCA